AUUGUUUUGUCCGAUUGACAGCAUCGCAGUAGCCAUGCGUUUCUCUACGAUAACAUCGAUUUGACAAGUGUCCACGCCACGCAAACAAAACUCAAACUUGUGCUACCAGUCCCAGCUGCACCGAUGCAACCGAUUUUCCGGGGAAACUAACGCUAAACGAGUGUCGAGGAAAAGUGAUGGAAAACAGAAUAUCGUCCAAGAAUGAUUGUGUAGCAGUAUGGCAUUUAAUUUUUUAACGGUGAACAGUCCCAAAUGUACCCCCCCGAUCAGUUUCCUGUUGAUCUUAGCAAUUAGUAGCGUGAUGCUACCAGAAAUCAUCUGCUCCCAGGCUUCCACGAGCAAAGUAGAAAAAAUCGUCGACGAUCUUUUCGAACUAAGCAAUGAACCGCUGUUAGAACGGUCCUGUUUCACGGCGGAAGAUUUAACGGUGAUGCAAGCAAAGCGUCAUUACGAGGUAAACCGCAAUUCAAAACUUCAGUACAAUGGAGUACUAAUGAAUUCAGUGUUUUGAUCAUUUUUAGCAACUCAUACCCGACAGUCAGUCAAACUUUGAACCUCUUAGUGAUGACACAGCCACACGACAAAUGGAGUUUAUCAGCCAAUUGGAAAAUAGAACCAUUGCAGCAUUCAACGAUUCCAAAGCCCGAAAGCUAAUGCUAAUAGCCUUUGCGGACGCUUAUGGAGCAUUUCUGUUUGGCUAUUUUAUACCGGUGAUGAAAUAUUCUUAUUACGGUGGUUUUGUAAGCUAUUUUGUAGCCAACGGAGCAAUACAACGUUUGAGGAAAUAUGAAACAUUGUUCAGGCAUAGGCCAACCAACUGGAAAUUUUACGACCUUGAUCCAUCCCACUUCUUUAGCAAAGUAGAACCGGUAAAUGAAAAACAGUUCAAAGUUGAUGAUCACAACUGUCACCAAUCACUAUCAGCAGGAUUGCUGACGCCUACCCUGGAAAUAGAUGUUGAAAGGCAGGAGCUAUUGCUUAUAUCUAUACCACAUUACACCAACGCAACAGUUCGCAAUCCAAAAUCGAAAGAUUCUAGCCGAAUGCUGUUGAACUACUACAUUGAAAUCGUCAGGUGUUUUGAAAACAAAAAGGACCAACUGGCCACUUUUCAGCGAGAGCUUUCAGAUUGGUUGUCCUACCAUAUGGAAUACAUUUUAACAAACGAUACCCUGCUCUAUCCUGCCUUCGAGGGUGUGCUGCGAAUAAAGAAAAGCAUUGAAGAUGCGCGUAAGCUUCCCAAAAAAUCAAUCACAAAGAUUAACGAACAUUCCGUUGAGGACGAUAUUGUGGACGAAGACGACACAGCGUUUUUUGAAAGCUCAACUACAUCGGAAAAUCCAACGGAAAUGUCGACACUUAAAAAACUAUCUAUCUGGACUGGCUGUAGCUUGGCCGUGUUGCUGGUUGUGUAUAUGGUUUUCAAAAUGCGACAGAAUCGAAAAAUUAUCUCCAAUAAUCGCUUCACACAUGGACGUAGAAAAACACUGCCGAAACGAAGGGCUUCCAGCAUCCGAAAGCUGCCUAGAACUGCCAGCGAACAGGAAGAUAUCACUGUUUAUGAUCGUUUUAAAAGCGACAAAAUCAAUGAUUCGAAAAUCAAGACCAAACAGCACCGAAAUACCUCUAUCGCGAGAUUCAUUCAACGGAUACGACCAAGAACCUGGAAAUCGGGUGCUAAACAUUACACGCCCAUCAAAACGGAACUGAUGGAUGUAGAAGCCAAUGAUGAUCACUUUUCACCAAGACAGCAACGCACCCCGAAAAGUGACGAUCCUGAAGCAGGACCAUCAGGACUCAAUAGAAAACAGGGACCCCACUUCUGCAGGUGCAUUUCAUGUAUUGGAAAGGAGAUUUCAGAUCAAGAUUCGGACGAAUCAACCACACUGACCGUGAAGUACAGUGGAAGUAACGAUAAUUUAAGACCAUCGAGCAACAAAAAGACAAAGAUUGUAUCGUCCGAAUAAAUAAGUAAUGCCUAUGCUGUACCAAUGCUGGAAAGGAGCACCCUGCCACCUACAAAA